AUGGCGGCGGGGGAGGAGUGGUGCAUAGGUGGUGACUUUAACACGGUGUUGUUUGAGGAGGAAAGGAUAGGGAAGAGUAUUGGUAGUAAUGGUAGGGAUAGUGCUAAUUUUUACAACUUUGUGGAAGAUAUGGCAUUCAUUGACCUUCCUUGUGUUGGAGGGAGAUUCACUUGGUUCAGCGGAAACAGUUGCGUUAUGAGCAGGUUGGACCGGUUUUUGAUCACGGAGGCUGUUGAGGCUAGAAGUUUAGCAGCUGACGAUAUGUGGAAGAAGAUGGAGAUGAAAGAGUGUUUUCAUAGAGUGAAGUUAGGUCAGAAUUGGCUUAAGGAAGGUGACCUUAAUUCUAUGUUUUUCCAUAACUCUUUAAAGGAGAGGGUCCAUAGGAAUUCCUUCAGCUUGUUGGAAACGCCUAAUGGUAGGGUGGAAGGUGUUUCGGAGGAUUCCGGCAGAUCCAUACCGGUCCCUGAUAGUAUCAGGUUCAACAGGUUAGAGGUAGAUGCAGUAGUUAGGUUGGAGCAUCCUUUUGAGGAAGGAGAGAUAAAAGCUGCGGUUUGGGAUUGCGAUGGGUGUAAAACUCAUGGGCCUAAUGGUUAUUCUUUGGCCUUUUUCAAGAAUCAUUGGGAAUUAUUGAAAGAGGAUAUCCUAAACUUUGUUGCUGAUUUUCAUUCGAAGGCGAUAUUAACCAAGUCAUGUACUUCCACCAUUAUCACUCUUGUACCGAAAGUGAUGAACCCUAAAUCUCUUUCGGAGUACCGGCCAAUUUGCCUCGUAGGAAGUCUCCAAAAAAUUAUAUCAAAGCUUCUUGUAGGAAGGCUUAAGGAGGUCAUUGAUAGUUUGAUAUAA